AUGUUAGCAAUUAGACGUUUUGUAGCGAAAAGAAGCUACUCUUUCGUCACGACUCCGAUUUUUUACGUUAAUGCAGCUCCACAUGUCGGUCACGUGUAUUCGGCCGUUUUGGCUGAUGCGCUUCACCGGUGGCAUAGAAUUCAAGGAAAGAGUCCGGCAAUCUUCAGCACCGGAACAGACGAACACGGACUGAAGGUACAACAUGCUGCAGCGAGCCAAAACAUGGACCCUCAAUUGUUUUGCGACGACGUCAGUCGACUCUUUAAGAAACUAUUCAACGCUUACGACGUCUCGUACAACGACUACGUCCGAACAACGGAACGACGCCACGUAGAAUGCGUCGAAUAUUUUUGGAACAGAUUAGCGGCGAAUGGAUGGUUGUACAAAGAUUCAUAUGAGGGAUGGUAUUCAGUAAGUGACGAGACAUUUGUUGGCAAAUCACAGGUGACUCAGUUUGAUGAUGAACAUGGAAAUCAGUGCAUGGUGUCUACAGAAACCGGAAACGUCGUCGAAUGGACAAAGGAAGAGAAUUACAUGUUCAGACUUUCACACUUUAAAGAGCAGUUGCUGUCAUGGCUCAAUUGUCAUUCGGCUGCUGUGUAUCCUUCAGUGUAUGCAACGGAAGUGAAGGAGUUUGUUUCUAAUGGGCUUGCUGAUUUAUCUGUGUCACGGCAGAGCAGUCGUUUGCAAUGGGGUAUUCCUGUUCCGAAUGACCCAUCACAGAUGAUCUACGUUUGGCUGGAUGCUCUAGUGAACUACCUGACCGUAGCUGGUUAUCCACACAACAACUUUCACUGGCCACCGACUCAUCACAUUGUCGGAAAAGACAUAGUGAAAUUUCACGCCAUCUACUGGCCUGCGUUCUUGAUGGCCGUUGGCUUGGAUCCACCCAAGCGUGUGGUAGUCCAUGCCCACUGGACCAGAGACACACUGAAGAUGUCCAAGAGUCGAGGAAACGUUGUCGAUCCGUUUGACAACCUGAGACAUUGGGGUAGUGACGUCAUUCGAUAUUAUCUAUUGAAAGACGGCAGUCUUCACCGAGACAGCGAUUAUUGUGACGAUCGCAUUGCGAGCAGUUUGAACGGCGAUCUGGCCGAUUCAUUGGGUAACUUGCUGCAACGCUGCACGGCUCCUAGUCUCAAUCCGUCGCAGUCGGUGCCACCUCUACCGGACGUGGACCGUAUGACAAGGGAGGACAAAACGGUCAUGGAUGCAAUGAAUCGUCUUUGUGACACAGUGCCCAAGCUGUUUGAUCAUCUGGAAUUCAACAAGGGACUCGAAGCUAUAAUCAACUGCCUCCAUAUAGCAAAUCAAUACUUCACUCAUGCCAGGCCAUGGACGAUGGCAGGAGAUCCAUCAUCUCGUGAUCGUCUCAACAUAAUUUUGUUAUUACCAAUUGAGGUACUCCGACUAUGUGGACUGCUGCUUCUGCCGGUCAUUCCCAAUGCUGCUGAGCGGAUGCUUAACCGACUUGGUGUGCCUGUGGCUGCUAGAAAUGCUGACUUUAUCAAGUGUUGCUUGAAUGAGCCAACGGCGUUUGUGAACUGUUAUGGGGUUGAGUGUGCAUUAGAUGGUGACAUGUCAGUAUUGUUCAGAAAGGUAAAGAUUUGAAACGUUACUAGAAGUAGACUAACAGGCUUAGAGCAUGUAUUGUACACACACACACACACACACACACACACACACACACACACACACACACACACACACACACACACACACACACACUUU